GUGACGAGACUGCUCGCAGUCGCAGUGACUUUCCCGUUCUACACUUCUUGUCUUUACAGUCUACCACCACUCUCUCUCUCUCUCUUCUCUAAACAGAGAUUGAUUCGAUUUGGUUCGGGUCGGGUCGGGUCGGUCGGUCUCUCAGAAAAUCCCAAAGCUUGGUGCGAGUUAGUGUUUUCUGGCUCGGUUUUUCUCGGCAACCAAAUGGAGUGGGAGAGCAUAAAAUUUCGAAAUUUACUUAUUGCAGGAGCAUUUUUUACUUGUUCAUGUUAUUAGGAGUUUCAAGUUACUGGAAUUCAAAUUUGUGUUAAAAUUGAGGAAUUCAAGUGAAUGUGAUUUUAACCAUGAAUUGUAGGUUAAGAGGGCUCUAAAUGGAGAUGCCAUCAAAUGAAAAUUCACAGCCCUCAAUGAAUUCUACCAGCAAUGCUGAUCAUCAACAGGAGGCCAUGCUUCCCGAUGGCGUAGAUAAUCUAUGUAAUGAGUCGAAGCUGGAGUUUUCUGAAGCAGAAGUUAGAGAAGUGGUAGAAGUUAUUGCAUCCACUGGGAAAUUUUGGCAUGAUUGGGACAAAUUAAAGAGCAUGCUAUCGUUUCAGUUGACGCAGGUUCUGUUGGAGUAUCCUGAGGAAAAAAUGGCAAGUGAGCAGCAAAUUACUUCUUUAGGAGAAACCUAUCCUGAGCUGGUGAAGAGGUUGGAUGAAGUUUGUUUCUUCAUUGCAGCUCUUCAUAGUUUUACCGAAGGUCCUCCGUUUACCCUUCAGAGGCUUUGCGAGAUCCUAUUGGAUGCAAAAAGAAUCUAUCCAAAUCUCUCGAAGCUUGCUCUUGCAUUAGAAAAGAAUCUAUUGGUGACAUCUAUGCUGACAGUCUCAACGGAUCCGUAUCCACAAGCCACAGUGCAAAAUUCAGUUGAACCAGACAAAGCAAUUGACGAACCUAAAAUUCACUCUGAUUCAGUGCAAAAUGGGGUGGAACCUGUGGUAGGCGGCGAUAGGGAUGAAGUUAUGGCAGAGGUAGAGCAAGCUGAUAUCGAUGAUGACAUGACCAUUGCCAUGGAAGCUUUUGAAGAUAUAGUUGGAUCAUCAGACGCAAAUUCAGUGCAGACCAAUAAUUCUUAGUUUUCCAGUGAUGUAGUCAAGAGCGCAUCAGUUCCUGCAUUAACCCUACCUAUUGAGGUCGAGUUUUCUAAGUGAGGAACUUGGAUCAUUUACUCUGGUCUCCGGCAUGCAGGUUAGCAGCAAUUAAUACCGGAAAGCACGGAUACUGGCUGGCCACAUAGAUCCGGGAAGAUUCUUAUUCAUAUUUAUGCUUAAAUGAUGUAGUUACAAUUUUGAGAAUGCUUUAUUUUAAGGGAUUUGUUCAGCAAGUUUAUGUUGCCCACUUCACUUGGUACAAUGCUUUUAGUGUUGAGGUAUGGGGAAAGGCACAGAGAAAUGUCAGAGCCAUAUAUGGAAAUUUCAAGUGGCGAGCAAGGGCAGCCUGUAUAUCCACCUCAUUUCCUACUAGCUAGACAUGGUUCUUCUUUCGAGAUCCGUCGUUUAAACUUACCAGUUUCAGGAGGCGAGGAACCUGAAACUUUUGAAUUUUCUUCUUAGGAUUCAAAAGAGAAUUAAAGCUCCUGAAACCACUCUGUAACCGCAGGUAGCAGAAAUAUACUUUUAUUUUUAUUUUUUAAUUUCGAGUGUAAACUUUGUCAUAUGUACAUUGAACUAUUGGUUCAAUCUCAUCCUGGAAGAAAUAAAUAGCAGAUAAUACAGACA